AGAUCUUUGCGAUUCGGGCGAAUGUGACCUUCAGGACUGAGGGCUAAAAUACUUCGGUGGGAAACAAGCAAAGCCGUUUUUAAUCCUCGCUGUGGAUUGUUAAGACCCGAGCCUGGACAGUAAGCAUCUCUUCCCCAUGGAGCAUUCCCCGUCAAUGAACUCAACGGUGGUGGAUGGAGACGAGCUGGAGGACCACAGGCCCCUCCUGCCACCAAGGAUUGUUGCCCCACCUCAGGCCUACUCGCCCCAAUGUGGGAUACACCACACAGUCCAGACACCCAUCGACCACUCCGCAUGGCUGGACAGAACCCAGGCCCUGGCUACCACGCCUUUGUACAACGGCCACCUCUACGUCACUGCGACGCCUCGAUCCAACAGGAGGAGAGAGAAAACCAAGGGCAAAGAGAAAAAAUGCGAGAAACGGCUGCAAAAUCCAGGUGUGAAGGAGCGCAACCACCAGAGCAAAACUAAAACUCUGAGCGCAAACACACUCCAGGAGACGGUUACGUCCUUCACCGAUGUGCCCAUGUCCCCCAGAGGAUCACCCUUCAAGGGCCACAGCAGGUCCAACCUGGAUCUCAGGGAUGUUGACGGUCGAGGGUACCGCAAGGCAGGCAACGUUUCUCUGGAGAUGCACGACCGCCAGAGCCUCCCAGAGAUCAUCAUCACCAGCAAGGACGACAACCUCCAGCAGCAGCAGCACAAACACAAGGCGCUGCAGUAUCACCAGCACCCGGGGGAGGCAGAGGGGCCGCUGCCAGGGGCCAAGCGCUUCACCAGGAGCCCCAGCCCAAGUCCUCAGCACAGCCCCAAACGCAAGGAAGACGCCAACAAGGACUCGUACUCGCGGACGCACAACAUCGGCUGGCGGCUGGUCCGUAGGAGGGCCCUGUUCCUGAGGAGGCAGCGGCUGAAUGACUGCGCCCUGGCGGUGGGGCUGUUCGGGGUAGUCAUGAUGGUGAUGGAGACGGAGAUGUCCUGGAGCAUCUACAGCAAGAGCUCCAUCUACUCGCUGUGUUUCAAGUCAGUCAUCAGUUUUUCUACGCUCAUCUUGUUUGGCCUCAUCGUGGCGUACCACUGCUGUGAGGUGCAGCUCUACGUUCAUGACAUUGGUGCAGAGGACUGGAGAAUAGCCAUGACCACCGAACGCUUCGCCCUGAUCGUCUUGGAGCUCUUCAUAGUGGCCAUCCAUCCUUAUCCGGUGGGAAUACUGGCAUACUUCCAGAAGACCAAAGUCCGCACAACCCUCUCUGAGACCGAGCUGGAGAUCAUGCUGGCUUUGCCCAUGUUUCUGAGACUGUACCUGCUGGGUCGGGCCAUGAUGCUGCACAGCCGCCUCUUCACAGACACGGCCUCCCGAAGCAUCGGAGCCCUGAACAAGAUCCACUUCAACACCCGCUUCGUGGGAAAAACGUUGAUGACUACCUAUCCUGGUACUGUGCUGAUGAUUUUCAGUGUUUCUCUGUGGAUUGUGGCGGCGUGGGGCCUACAUGUGUGCGAGAGGCACCACAAUUACAGAGACCUUAGCAGCAACUACAUGGAAGCCCUGUGGAUGGUCUCCGUCACCUUCCUGUCCAUCGGUUACGGAGACGUGGUCCCUCACACGUACUGUGGCCGCAGCAUCUGCCUCCUCACUGGGAUCAUGGGGGCGGGAUGCACGGUCCUGGUGGUGGCGGUGGUGGCCAGGAAGCUGGAGUUGACCCGAGCUGAGAAGCACGUCCACAACUUCAUGAUGGACUCUCACAUCUCCAAGAGGAUAAAAAUUGCAGCAGCAAAUGUGCUGAGAGAGACUUGGCUCAUCUACAAGCACACUAAGCUGUCAAGAGAAAGAGACCACACCAGAGUCCGCAUGCACCAGAGGAAGCUGCUGCUGGCCAUCCACCAGUUGCGGAGAGUGAAGAUGGAGAAGAGGAUUCUUGCAGAUCAGGGGAACACGCUCGUUGACCUCUGCAAGAUGCAGAGCCUGAUGUACGACGUGCUGGCGGAGGUGCAGGGCUGCAGGGGGGAGCUGAACUCGCACAUCAGCAGCCUGGUGAAGAACGUGGAGGAGCUGAGGGAGGGCUUCCGGUGCCUGAUGCCGCUGCUGUCCAGCACGCUGUCCACACAGAACUCCUCCAUCCGCCACCUGCUGAGAGAGAGGGAGGAGAAGAGCGAGUGUGUGAGCGGAGCAGAGGGGUAGAAAGGCACAGUGGGGAGGAGAAGAACCCGGUUUCAGGAGGUUUCUAUUGAAAAUUGCACUAUGGCGGCCAUGCUGGGGCAGAUUUCCUGACUCAGGUGUUGGACAGGUUUGUACUGAUGUACAAUAUAUAUAUAUAUAUAUAUAAAACAUUAUAUGUAGCAGAAAUACAAACAUAUGUAGAAAUUUGUCCCAGUUCACUUCUUCUCAAGGUAUUUCUCCUGGACUAACACAAAACGUUUCACUGAUAUUAUAUUGAAGUCUAAUGGUGCGUUCACACCAAACGCUUCUGACGCUUCAAGUUCGACGCGUGUGCACUUUUGGUGCGUUCACACCAAACGCGCUUUGAGCAUCAGGUGCGUCUGGUUUACAUUCAAAAUCUAUGCGGAGCAUCGGACGCUCUUGACGCUUCGUAUGCUCCAAACGGUUCAAAUUGCGCCACGCUAGACGCUCGAAACACGCCAAACGGCCCUCGACGCACCUCGACAUAGGCUGCGUUCACACUGCGGCAUAAAGUGACCCAAUUCUGAUUUUUUGCCGCAGCCAUUCACACUUCCAGAUAUAUGCGACCUGUAUGUGUUCUCCAGUGAACGAGCAAACGGCCUGAAAGUAGAGGGCGCAAUGAGGUCAGCAUUCUCAGCGUUCUGCCAACCGCCAUAAAAAGAAGAAGAGCUCAGUGUGUGACAUGGAUGUGAACAUGGAUGCUAACGAUGGAGCAUAGCUUACACAUUUGUUGUUGUUGUCCGACCGAAGCAGCAUUUUAACAAAUUAAUCCUCAUUACAGUCCAUCAUGGUUGUUGUUAUUCUUUCUGCGAAAUAGGAUGCAGAAUAGUGGUGUUUGUUGAGUAUCAAUGACAUUCAGGUCGGAUGAAUGCGACGCAUUUGAAUCGGAUAAGUAUCGGACAUCCAAGUGGACUUGUUCGCAUUCGAAAUGAAUCCGACCUGUGUUGUUCAGACUGUCAUGAAAAGACCAGAUACAGGUCGCAUUACGUCAAAAGAAUUGGAAUUGGGUCACUUCAGGCUGCAGUGUGAACGCAGCCAAAGUUGAACGUAAACCAGAUGCGCCUGACGCUCAAAACGCGUUUGGUGUGAACGCACCAUUACGGAUUUAAAGUUGAUCCUAAUCAAGUAAAAUUUUACAGUUGACCUGAUAUGACGUAAUUGACGCCCUGUGGAUUAUUUUCUUCAGGUUAUUUAACUGUUUUUAAGCAUCUGUUUUGUUUUUUCUUUUAAGAAACUG